GAUCUUCUUUGUGGUCCGCGUGUCAGGCCGCCUGACCCCGCGGGAAUGCUGGUGGGAAGACUGCGCAUUCGCGGCACACAGUCCAUACGCCGACAUCUCCGAGGUGGGACACGGACAGUCAGUCUCAUGAAUGACACACUGGGAGUAUUGCUCACUCACGAGUCAUUUCAUUGUCACGGCUGCCGUUCAAACAGAAAAACACCUUGAAUCCCAUCUCAUCUCACCUCGUGCCCUCUCGCAACACAUCACGCUUGUUGAGUCCUGUUCCCCUCCCCCCCUCUCCACAGCCCCAUCAGCACCGUCCCCUCCCUCUCCCGCCCUCCCCCCGGCCGACACUCGUCGCCCACAGCCCACUUCUCCUCUUUCCCCUCAUAAGGCAGCUUCUCGGGACAGCACUCGUCCUUGUCCUUCGUCCGCCCCUCCACCGUGCACACAAUCUCCAGGCAGUCCCGCCAGCAUGAUGGGUUUAGGUAGUACGUCGCGGCCUCUUUAUCUGACCUGACGCAGUCUCUCUGCGAGAGGACGCCGAACGACGUUUCGAGCACUGCGUCGCCGUAUGUGGCCAGGGGGUCGGAGAGGACAUCGCAGAGGUGAAAGGGGGCGAGGUAUGCGAACCUGUCAGGGGCCACAGACAGGCGAGCCUCACCGUAGGUCUUGCAGGCGCCCCGGUGCUCCUGCAGCAGACACACGAUGAACAAACACUGCAGCUCACGACGAUGCACCCAAACGCAUCUGAGUGCAUGGCUCACCCACGAUGGAUAGCACUGCCCCGCGUCAAAGUAGGCGGUCAUCCACUCCUCUCUGUAUUGAGUGCCGUUGAAGAGUCGCUGCCGCCAGUUGUUGUUGAAGCACCAGAGGCAGAGGCCUGAGUGCCGCUCGCACUCGUCUCGUGUGGCCUGCUUGGGGCAGACGUAUUUGCUCCGCACCUCGUGCACCAGCCCCAUGGGCGAGAGAGGCAGCCGGGCAGCCCCACAUGGCCUCAGCAGCAAAGACACUGACGAAAGGAAGAACGCCAUCGCGCCGAGCGAGGGAAGUGACACUGUCAGCAUUGUCCCUCCCAGGCAAUCUUGAAGGCCGCCGAUGAAUCUGU